UUGUACGAAACACAAAGUGUUGGUGGAUCUGCUCAUUAUGGUCAGCCCGCAGUCCCAACAGCAGUUUCGGAAUAUGGUACUACUGAUUAUUACGAGCCAAAGAUAGCAGAGCAAAUUCCAACACGAAGUCGUGGAUCUUUGCUUGUGCGCUUUUUCAAUGUAUUGGCUCGAAAUUUCAAAACUAUCGAAAAGACGACACUUUAUUUGGCAUUCUUCAUCAACGUUAUCCUGCUCUUUCACCGAGUACAAAUUAUGCACCAAGAAGCACCAAGUAAAAGUAAAGCAGAGGAUGAUGAAUCGGAUGAUGUGGAGUUGGUAUUCAUUACCGGUGUGGUGAUACCAUAUACUUCAUACGAAGUGACCGGUUGGAUGCUGGCGCAGCUCUUGUACUGGUUGAGUGUUUUGCAUGCGAUCGCGUCAUUUGCCCUCUUGGUAUCGUUUUAUCAACUGAAGAUCCCACUGAUAACAUUUAAACGCGAGAAAGAAGUGGCGCGUCGUUUGAUGUUUGACGGGUGUUGGCUUACCGAAGAAGAUGAUGAGGAACGAACUUUAAUUAACACUGUCUUCUGGUAA